AUGACAGUCAACAGUCAUGUUACUAUUUCAUCUGUCCGUACAUCUUCCUUGCUGGACCUGAGCAACUGCAAGAACAAUCUGGAGCCUGUUUAUGAGGCCCACAUCGGCAGCCUGCAAAAGCAGCUGGAUGGGCUGUCUGGGGACAGAGUGAGGCUGGACUCGGAGCUGAGGGGCAUGAGGGAUACCGUGGAGGACUGCAAGAAGAGGUAUGAAGAAGAAAUAAACAAGCGUACAACUGCUGAGAAUGAAUUUGUGGUGCUUAAGAAAGAUGUGGAUGCAGCGUACAUGAGCAAGGUGGAGCUGCAGGCCAAGGUGGAUGCCCUGGAUGGAGAGAUCAAGUUCCUCAAGUGUCUGUACGAGGGGGAGAUUGCUCAGAUGCAGUCCCACAUAAGUGACACAUCUGUCAUCUUGUCCAUGGACAACAACCGAAACCUGGAUCUGGACAGCAUCAUUGCCGAAGUCCGUGCUCAGUAUGAGGACAUUGCCCUGAAGAGCAAAGCUGAGGCUGAGAUGGUGUACCAGACCAAGUUCCAAGAGCUGCAGCUGGCAGCUGGCCGACAUGGAGAUGACCUCAAACACACCAGGAACGAGAUCUCUGAGUUGACACGGCUCAUCCAGAGACUGCGAUCAGAAAUUGAGAGUGUGAAGAAGCAAUGCUCCAACCUGGAGACAGCCAUCGCUGAUGCCGAACAGCGAGGUGACUGUGCCCUCAAGGAUGCCCGGGCCAAACUGGAUGAGCUGGAGGGCGCCCUGCAGCAGGCCAAGGAGGAGCUGGCUCGGAUGAUGCGGGAGUACCAGGAGCUGAUGAGUAUGAAGCUGUCCCUGGACAUCGAGAUCGCCACCUACCGCAAGCUGCUGGAGGGCGAGGAGUGCAGGAUGUCUGGGGAACACACCAGUGCUGUGAGCAUCUGUGAGUAUUUCAUGUUUCUGAGGCAUAGUGCCAGGCAGCCCCAACAAGCACAAAGUAAAUGCGUGGGUGCCUGCCAUCAGGGUCCCUGUGGAGCAUCCUGUACUCAUCCUCCUGCCUCCACCAUUCCGAGCUAUUUCUUUGUCCCGGUCAUCAGCAGCUCCACACCCGGGGCCGUCGGUGCUGGGGCCAGCUUUGGAUUCGGCAGCACCAGCACCUAUGGCUACCGGUCCAGCUCUGUGGGUGGGGGCUACAACAUACUGUCUGGGGGCUGUGUCACUGGGAGUGGGAAUUGCAGUCCCCGUGCAGAGACCAAGGCCAGACUGGACCGCGCCACGUGGCUGUGGUCUGGGAGGUUCUCGGCCCUGCUGAGGAUGUUCAGCCUCCCCUGCUGCCACUUUGUCACCCGAAACCCUUGGAGCGCCUUCUCCCGACACCUUCCACUCUUCAUCCCAGAUGCUCAGGGCCAGCAAAAGCACCCGUUCUUUGUGAACACCUCCUGUUUCUGCCAGGCUCUCCUACAUCCCCCGAGGAAACUCCUCAUGAGUGGCACGUCCCUGCGUAGAGACUUCAGGGAGUCCCUGAAUGAAAGGGAAAGCCCAAGCGAGGCACCUGGUGUGUGGAGACAGAGCUGCUCUGCUGUGCAAAUAGGAACAGAUUCUUCUGGGGAUCCCACUGGGAUGUUCUGUUUCAGCCUGGCCAGGUAG